AUGGCCUCCUAUAUCGACACCUCCCUCGCCGAGGCCCAGCCCGCCCCCGAACUCCUCGGUGAAGUCAAGAAGCCCAAGAAGAAAAAGGUGCUGCUCAUGGGAAAGUCCGGCUCCGGCAAGUCGAGCAUGAGGAGCAUUAUCUUUAGCAACUACAUUGCCCGCGAUACACGAAGACUGGGCGCAACUAUCGAUAUCGAUCUUUCGCACGUCAAGUUCCUCGGAAACCUCACCCUCAACCUCUGGGACUGCGGUGGUCAAGAGGCCUUUAUGGAGAACUAUCUCUCGCAACAGCGCGUCCACGUCUUUUCCAACGUCGGUGUGCUGAUCUACGUCUUCGACAUUGAAUCCCGCGACGUCGACCGCGAUCUCGCAACCUACGUCUCCAUCCUCUCCGCCUUGCUUCAAUACUCUCCCGCCGCAAAGAUCUACAUCCUCAUUCACAAGAUGGAUCUCGUCGUCCCUACGGCACGUGAGUCCGUUUACGACGAGCGCAUUCGGGUUGUGCGGCAGAAGACCUUUGAGUAUGCGAAUUCAGUCGGUAUUGCUGCGUCGUCGAUUGAGCUCACGCCGUUUGCGACGUCGAUUUGGGAUCAGAGCUUGUAUAAAGCGUGGGCGUCGAUUAUUCACGAUCUUGUGCCUAACCUCUCCGUCAUUGAGCGAAAUCUCGCAAACCUGGGCCUUGCCAUCGAAGCUGAAGAGUUGUUGCUAUUCGAGCGCACAUCGUUCCUUGCCGUAUCAUCCUGGACAUCAUCUGAAGGCCAACGCAACCCAACUGAGGAUCGACUAGAGCGCAUAUCCAACAUCAUGAAGCAUUUCAAGCAGAGUAUUUCGCGCUUCACCGGUACGCCGCGCAAUGCCGAGCAGUUUAUUCGCAUGGAACACAAGGCCGGCAACCGAUUCAGUUUGUUUAUUCUCAAGUUCACGACGAACACGUAUCUCAUGGUUGUUCUUCCACCUGGAGAGGCUCGGUUCAACGCUGCUAUGCUCAAUUGUCAGAUUGCCAUUGAGCACUUCAGAUUUCUGGAUGGCCCCGCAACUCCAGCUCCCAACACCGCCACUGCUGCCGCCUAA